AUGUUCGGUGCUUUUGUCUCCACACUUAUUUUAUUGGAUAGGAUUUCCCAUCGCUCCUCUGUGGCAGUUCUUCCUCCAGAUCCUAAGAAUGCACCGUGGUUCAUGGGCUGCUUCAACGCCAGCAGCAGUCUUUAUACAAGCAAAGGUGGCCGUGACCUUGACCCGGUAACAUGCUCUGUUCUCUGCCUGGACAAAGGGUACCAGGUUGCAGCGUUGACCUCAGAGGCUUGUUACUGUGGCAACCAGCAACAUGGUUUGGUUGCCAGUGAGUGUUUCAACACAUCUUCCAAUGGAGGGACAAAGGAUGUCAGAAAAGAAAGACAAAGUGUCCCCUACUUGCCUGUUGGAGGAGAAAAGGGAAUUGUGGCACUCUACAGAACCAAAGGACCAUUUCUGCACAGCAUUCACUUGUCUACGUCUCCAGACAGAGUGCAGGCUGGGAAGACUUUUGUCAUUGAAGUUUCUGGAACUCUGGUUGGUCGCCCCAACCAGCCCACAGACGUCAGUGUCUCCAACCCCCUCUCAACGGUCUCCUCCGUCCUCCACCUCUCCGUCUUGCAGCCCUCUGCAGACAGCUUGGAGGUCUCUGUGAUUCAUGGGCCCCUGGGUGUCCCCUCUUGCAUCGCUUUCCCACAGAAAGACUCCAACGGUGUGACUGUGGAGGCAGCAUACCUGGACGACCAUGUCACACUACAGGCACACAUGGCCGAUGGUCUAGCAGUGGAGUUUUUUUGGUGGAUCGCUCACAAAAAAGAAGAGAAAAACAUGGAGGCUGUUGAGACAGUUUGCCUUCCAAACUCAGACUGUUUGAUCAGCACUGUGAACUGGACCUUUGAAACAGAGGGAGUUCACAUGGUGUCAGUGAACGCCUCCAGUGCCUAUGGAUGGACACAGCAGACGAUCCACAUUGUGGUGGUGCCUCUCGCGGUCUCUGACCUCAGAGUGAGUGUAUCCGAGAACAGGCUGACUUCUGAAGAGGUCGUGUCUGUGGAUGUAGAGAUGUUCACCACCAUGAAGCACCUACUGCUCCUCAACCUUACACUGAACGCUGAGCAUGUGCAGAUUUUUGCAGCAAAGCAAGCUUAUCCCACAAAUACAGAUAUCACUUUCCUGGCCAUGGCUGGAGUUCCAGACCCUGUGGGGUUCCUUUGGCACUUUGGAGACUCCAGAUCAGACAGAACCACCUCAAGAACCGUCACCAAAAGAUACCAAAAACCUGGCAGGUAUGCUGUAGUUGUAGUCAUGUCAAGUGGCCGGACCUCCUUUACCUCCAAUGUGUUCCCGCUGGUAGUCCAGAGAGCGGUGAAGCUCAACCGGCUGGUCCAUCAGGCUUCUGUCCUGCAGAACCAAACCGUAACGCUGAGCUGCCGGGUCAAUGUGGGGACUGAUGUCACCUUUCUCUGGAGCUUUGGAGAUGGAUCCUCCCGGCUGGGAAAGAGCACAGAGCAGCACGUCUUCCACACGACAGGAGAGUUCAGACUAAAAGUAACUGUGUCCAAUCUGGUCAGUUCUGUCUCUCUAAGUGGUCUCAUCUUUGUUGUGGACAGGCCUUGUCAGCCUCCACCAGUGGAAAACAUGGGGCCUCUAAAACUACAGGUGCGAAGAUAUGAGGUUAUCCGUCUAGGAGUGACCUAUGAGAUGGAACUUGACUGUGACAUUUCAGGAGGCCUUCACUACACCUGGACCUUGUUUGACUCCGCAGGACGGGUCUUCCCUUUGCCUCUAGUAGACACACACAGACAGAGCCUCACACUGCCCAGCCAUCUCCUGCACUACGACACUUACACUGCCACAGCUAGGGUUCAGGUCGCUGGAAGUGUGGUGUACAGUAACUACAGUGUAAGAGUGCAGGUGAUACCGAGCCCUCCUGUAGCCUUCAUCCAGGGUGGCACCAACAUCUUCAUUAACAAGUGGAACAACACCACGGUAACCCUGGACGGGCAGGGAUCUUACGACCCAGACUUCCCCAUGAACCCAAUCAGCUUCAGUUGGACGUGUAAACCAGUCAGCUCCAUUACCAGCUCCUGUUUCCACCAUGAUGUUCCCACUUCAUCCCCUUUGCUUGUAUUUCCUGCUAGUUUCUUAAAACACAACUUUGACCAGUUCCAGUUCACGCUCACCAUCCACAGCGGUGAGCGUUCAGCUUCAUCAGAGACCUUCCUCACAUUAACACCAAAAGUGAUCGGGAAGAUGUCAGUUUACUGCCGUCAGUGCCAGGGAGACCAGGUGAACUGGCAUCAGUCUUUCUCUGUCAGCGCCUUGUGUGAAGGCUGUGAUAUUUAUUCCAAAAACAUCCAGUACACCUGGAGCCUGUUCCUGGUCAAUGCAUCAUCCAAGCCUGUCAUAGAUGUCCCAUUUUGUCACACAGUGGAUCUCAGUGCUCCGUUUAACAUCAUGGAGGGUCCUGCCACUUCCCCUCAGACUCUUGGGAUUUCCACCCAGAAUCCACCUGCUCCAGGUGCUUCCCAGUACACCUAUACAGUCGAUACCUCCGCUCCUGUUAAUCUGAUCGAGAAUGCCUCUGAUACUAGUAUGGCUGAUUUGACAGAACCCGAUCCCUCGCCUAUCUCUUCUCUAGUAGACAUAAGAACAGAAGGAUCAGGAGAGGAGCCCUUUUAUCACCCUCUGGGGGAGUUUGACCCUCCAAAGCCUUUGUACUCCUCCACUGAAUACCCGCUACUUGACUUUGACAACAGUGGCGUCCUAUAUUCAGACCACUUUCUCCAGGGUGAUGUUAUCAGUGAAUUCCCAAAUGAUUCUGACUUCUCUGCUGACUGGGAGUUUUCGUUUCCUGUCCUGGAGACCGGUGACUUGGGAGGUCAACAAGAUUCAGAUUAUGAUGUUCCCUUGAUGAGCGCAGAGGAAGGGGACCCAGGAGUCUCAGCAGGAAGACCCACAGGUGUGGAUGGUGAGAGCUUCAGUCCGGGAGAUGAUUCAUUUCAUGAUCCAACACUGCAUGAAGAUGAGGGGAAUAAUCUGAUAGAUUCCAGACCAUCUGUUGUGAUCCAGGAGCCGGUUUUGCUCGAUUUACCCAGAGAUCCAGCAGACAGAGGCCUUUUUGAGUCCUACACUUUCACCGGAAUUUCCUCACCUUUGCUCGGCUUCAGACCGUUCAGUCUGAAUCCUGGGAGCAGAUACAUGUUGGAGAUCACUGCCAAAUCUCAUAAUAGUUUUCUGGGCCGGACUCAGCUAUUCUUAAAAACCAACCCUGCUCCAAAAGGGGUGACGUGCCAGGUCCAACCAGUCAAAGGGAUGGAGUUAUAUACACACUUCAGCAUCUUCUGCACCUCAGGGAAAGAGGACUUACUGUACGAGUACAGUGUCAGUGUAGGGGACGGACCUCCCAGGACGCUGUAUAAGGGGAGAGACUUCCAGUACUACUUCAGCCUUCCUUCUGGGGACCCGAAUGAUGACCAUAAAGUAACUAUUUACACAGAGAUCAGAAGCAGCAUUUAUGGGGCGGCAUCUAAACCUUGUCCUGUCACCAUCCAAGUCCAACCAAGCUUCUUCAGAGAUGCAUCUUCUUCUUCCCAUCUUGAUCCUGAUCUGGAGCUUUCAGAGUCAGGUCUGAGGAACCUCUCAGCUCUGGUGUGUCUUGGAAACAGUGUGGAGAUUCGUAACUACGUCAGUCUUCUCUCCAGCAUUCUCAACAGACUCAGUCUAGACCCUAAGGUCAACACACACGCACAGAGACGCACACGCAAUGUGCUCAUUUGCACGAUGUGUGAGCUUGAGAGCACUGGAGAGGCAGCAAUGGUGGACAACAUCUGCAUUCUGAAAAACCUUUUAGAAGUUACAAGUCAGGUGACAUUAGUGAGUGCAAGACGAGUGACCGUCCACGUUCAGCUCAUCUCAGAACAGUUUUUGGAUUCCAGUGCUUCAGUCUGGCACUCACAAAAGACACUCAACACCCUGGUGGCCCUGCUCUCAUACAGCCUGCAAGCUGCUCUCACUAGUAAUGACUUCACAUCUGAAAUGUCCACCAGUGAUGACAUUAUACAGUCAUUAGAGUCAGACCCACAUGAUGAAAUACAGGACUCAACCAGUGGUAUUUACAUGGAACAAGGAUUAUCGGUUUCAACAAAGCAGGCGCUGCAGCUUGUAGCUGAUAUUCUCCAGACUGCUUCAGACCUGAUGCUGUACAUCUUGACCCAUGAGGCUUAUGAAUACAGAGUCAACACUGGUCUUCUCGCCUUAUAUGCCACAUACCUCAACCAAACCUCCACGGUCCUCAGCAGUGGCUCCACCACCUUCUACAUGCCCGACUCCCUGAUCCAGCUCCUGUUUGUUCAUCGCAGUAGAGAGACUGAAAGAAGACUGCAUCGGCCGUGUGUGCUCAGCGUGCUGACCGAGCUCACCCACAGCCCUUACACCUGGGCCCACUAUCCUGGAACGCUAAGUGGACCAGUGGUUGACCUCAGUCUAUACAAGUGCAGCACGAGGAGAAAGAUCCCUGUUCGCUCCCUCAUUCAGCCAAUAAACAUCGAGCUGAAACAACCACCUAGAAACAGCUCUGUGACUGAGUACAUCCUCCUACGCAGCCAGGUCAACUACCACACCUUUAAUAUUACCCAGGAGCACUUGCAGCAGGCCAUCCAGCUGAGCGUGGUGUUCUUGCAGCCGCUUAACAAGGUGUUUCCCAUCAUGCUGCUCUUCAGGAUGUUUGAGAGGCCGACUCCCAGCAUGCACCAUCUGCACAGGAUUCACCACUGGGACAGCAACACCACACGGUUCACUCUGCCCCCAUCCUACCUCAGUGCUGCAGGUGUUGGUCACCUGGCCUUGCUGAAUGCUGACUUUGGGAAAACACCCAGACACAAGCACCUAAAUGAACAGGUAAGCUACAGCCUCACAGUGGACAGCAGCCUGUGUUUGUCUUGGGAUGGCCACCAGGGGGCCUGGACACACCACGGCUGCAGGACACAGCAAGCAGACUCAGCUACUGCAGUCAACUGCAGUUGUCACCAGUUGAGGCCGCUGACUGUGGUGCAGAAGCAGAUCCAGAGCAGCCAUGACACAACCAGUCUGGACCCGUUUCUAAGUGUUUCCAAUGACCUGACUGUGCUGGUAGUGCUGGUGUUCUGUGUAUGUCUUUACAUCCUGGGGUUGGUGGUGUGUAAGAGAGCUGAUGUUGUCUCUGAAUGGAAUCAGAGAGUACACUACAUUUCUGACAACUCUCCCUGUGACCCAUAUCUUUAUGCUGUUACAAUCCACACUGGUCUCUGCUCUGCAGCCUGCAUGAGUGCAAAGGUUUACAUAGUGCUGAAGGGGGAAGAUGGGUUCUCACAGACAAGAGAACUACAAGUCCCUGGAUGCACUCUGUUCAGGAGGAACUCUCAAGACACCUUUAUAUUAAGUGCAGCAGACAGCCUGGGCCCAGUGUGGGGGGUUCACAUCUGGCAUGACAACUCUGGACCCUCCCCCAACUGGUACCUCAAACAAGUGGAGGUAUCCGAGGUGAGCAGAGGGCAUGUGAAAGGACGUGUUUGGCUCUUUGUGGGUCAGUGCUGGUUGGCUGUGAACCAAGCUGAUGGCCGGGUGGAGAGAAGGCUGCGUGUUUGCACUCAUGCAAUAGGCUUUGCUAAGAUGUUGUGUCUCAAGCUAUCCGACUACUUGGCCGACUACCACAUCUGGAUAUCACUUUACACCUGCCCCUGCCCUAACUCCUUCACACACACUCAGAGACUUAGCGUUAGCCUUCUGCUACUGUUGGGAUACGCAUGUGUCAACGCAGUAAUCAUAUCACAAAUGAAUAAUCGGUUGCCAUUCGAGCUGGGCAUUAUAGAUCUGUCAGCUGUUUCUCUGACCACAGGAGUAUUAAGUGUGGUGGCAGCAUUGCCUGUAGCAGCAAUUAUAUCUUUCCUGUUCCGACUGCGUGAGGUCAAGCUGAUGGGAUCAGCCACAGACCUGCUGUCAGUGUCAACUACAAUUCUGGAAAAUAAAAACACAGUUAACAAACCUGAAAUCCAAUCAGAUGUUGUCACAAGAAAGGAGGACUCUCUUGAAGUUAAGAACUACAUCGGACCAAUGCUUCAAAAUGUGUUGUUAAUUACUGAGAGAAACAAUGUUGAUCAACCACCUGGGGGAAAAGAGGUCGAUAUUUUAAAUGAAAGCAACAGGUUUCCUGGAACCGAAGGAGCUAAUUUGUCCGGACCAAGGGAUGGAGGUCAUGCUUUUCAGAAGGAAGAAGAUCAUCAAGGGAACUUUUCUUCGGACUGCAGCUUAAAGGAAGACCGCUAUCACCAGGCAGCGUGGCCAGCACACGACAUCGACAAGUUGAAAGGGAGAGAAUUGAGACCGCUAUCUCAGUGGUCUCACUAUCUGGCCUGGACACUGUGUCUGCUGUUGUCCCUCACCUGCCUUGUGCUUUCUGCAGUGCUGGGAUUGAGGUUCAGCAGCAGCAAAGUUCUGCUAUGGAUACACUCUCUUUUCUUCUCCCUGGUGUUUUGCAUCUUCCUCAUCCAGCCAGCUGUGAUUAUCACAAUGGCAGUGACUGUUUCCUUUUGGCACAGGAAAAGAUCAGACUUUCAUAGCUUGUUCAGUAUAAGAGAGAUUGAGAAAGACACUUCAAAACUGUGGAGCCACAAUGGUGCUAAGCAACCAGCAGAGCAGUUUGGGACAUCUACCUUUCCACAGGAAAGAGGCUCGUAUCUUGAAAAGCUGCUUGGAGCUCGUCAGCGAGCCCGGUACCUCCAUCUUGUGCGCCCACCAACACCAUCAGAGCUGAGGAAAACCUCUGGGAAGAAAAGAAGAGAGACACUUAUCCAUUACACUCUCAGGGAUUUAUCACUCUGUGGCUCCAUGCUUUUCCUGAUGCUGUGUAUAAGUUAUGGGACCUCAUUCACUGAGCAUUACCACCUCAAUAAAGCUGUCAGAAAACAGUUUCUAAGUGGCCAUGAUAAAGCAUUUAUGUCCAUACAAAAGCAUGAGCACUGGUGGAGGUGGGCAGAGAGCAGUCUCCUUAAUAUACUUUACAAGAAUACGUCAUCCACAACUGCGUCACACAUCUUGAUAGGAGAGCCAAUCCUGUGCAAGACGGAGGUGUCCAACUCAUUUCAGGGCCAGUCUAUGACUACUCAGGUCUUAGUUCCCAUGGCAACGCCUCCAAAGAUGAGUGGUGACCUGGGCUGCUACUUGGGAUCAAGUACUACAGUUAGCUUAGGCCACACCAAGUCUGAUGCUGCGUCCAAACUGAAGCUCCUGCAUUCAGGUGUCUGGCUUUGCAGACAUACUGUGUCCGUCCAAUUCACCUUGUUUAGCCCUGCACCCAACUUGUUCACCAGUGUGACCAUGCUUAUUGAGCAGAGCCCCAUCGGGGUGCUGCUGCCCUCUGCCAAAGUCCAGUCAGUUAGGGUGUAUCACACUCCUGCUGUAUGGGACUAUCUUGUCAUGGUGUGCCAGCUCCUCUUCCUUAUCUUGUCCCUGCUGCAACUCUGUGAUCAAGUGUACGCUAUAGGGCAGCAAGGGCUGAUGGGAUACUGGAGGACACCUUUUAGCUGUCUGGAAGUCAGUUUGCUGACAGUAUCUUUAGUGUACUAUGUUUAUUGCAUCUAUCACUCGAUUAUUAUCUUGGAGGUUGUGGAGCUGCUCCAGAGACACAGCUACAGAGGACAUGUUGACGUCAGCCUCCUGGCCACCUUGGAACAAUAUAUUCGAUCUCUGCGUGGCGUCACGCUGCUGCUUCUCACCAUGAAGUGUGUGACUGUGUUGAGAAUGAACAGGACCUUGGCAUCCUCUGCUACACUCCUCACCCGGUCGCUCUCCAGCCUUUUCUGGCCGACGAUUUCAGGUCUUAUUCUGACGAUGGCGCUGGCCUGCGUUGGGAAUCUCCUGUUCGUACAAACAUCCUGGGCCUUCAGCUCACUUCCCCGCUCCCUUCAGACCCUGCUCGGUCACUGCUGGGGUUUCAGGGCCGUUAGGGAUCUUGUCUUUUCUGGCCGUGAUUUCCUUUACCGUGGAGUUCUCUAUAUGUCCUCUGUGGUGUGGAAAGCAUUGGUGAUAGGUGUGGUGUCCUCAUUGGUCAGAAGUGCUAAAAGAUCUCAAAGCUGGGGGAAUGUCUUCACCCUAGCAGAAUUAACCGACUACAUCAGAAGGACUGUCUCUGAGCGCAUUGGGCAGCGUAGACUAGCAUGGAUUGAAAAUCAUGUGGAAGGGAGGACUUAUUUCUUUGAAGAGUUUGACAGCUUACUAGAUGAACUAUUGUUCAGACUCAAUGCCCUCUCAGACAGUCUGCACCAAACUCUGCCCCCCAAAGCCCAUCACUACAGGGAGGAGGACAGUCCUGUCAUCCUACAGGAGCCCUCCAACAUGGACGCACAGGACUUUGUAAGAACACAAAAGACAGAAAGGGCGAUGAUGAAUGAUAACACGCAUGUCAGUAGCCAUGGAGAGAGCUUACCAAUAUCUUGCCUGCUCAGGUCCAAGCUUGAACCGGAAAUACUGGAGAGAGGCCAGAGGGGAGACCAUUCCUCCUCCGACAGUGUUGUGAAAUCAGAUGCUUCAAAACAACCUGAAACAAUAGCGAAAGAAAAUACAAAAGGCCGAGAGCUCCAGACAUAUUUAAAAGCACAAAAGUACAUCUCCCUCCCAGAGUCAACAUCACGCAUCAGUGGUUGGACAGAGGAUGUUCUGGAGAAGCAAGUUAACGAAUGGACUACAACAAAUGACAUGUACUGUUUAGGUAAAACACAGGCCACACAUACAGAGGUGGAGGUGGAAGUUCUAGUCCACCAGGAGCCUGUGAGUGUAAGGCCAGAUAAACAGUAGGGUCCUUAAUGAGAUAAAAAUUGUGGAUGGGACACAGAGAGCAUUUCAAAAAACAAGAUCUGUAAGGUCUGUAUUUUCAAAUCUAUUAAGAUUUACAGUAUUGUACUCUAUGUGCCAAUUAUCUUAUUUCCUCUGCUGAAUAAGCAAAAAAUAUUACCUUGAUGACAUAACCAUUUGAAAAAGUAUUCUGAGAAUGUUGUAUAGUACUUGUAUUGUUGCAAAAACUGCAUAACUAGUGGUUCAGGACUUUGUAACUGAGUUUAGUUGAAUAGUUUACAAAACACA